CUCUAGCACGAACCAUGGCACCUUCCACAAACAAGCUCAACGUCGGCAUUCUCGGUGCUACAGGCACUGUGGGCCAACGUUUCAUCCUUCUCCUUGCCGAGCACCCCAACUUUACUAUCCACACUCUUGGCGCCUCGAGCAGCAGCACGGGCAAGACGUACAAGGAAGCCGUGCUGGGACGAUGGAAGCAGUCCCGUGCGGUUCCUGCCCACGUCGCAGACCAGGAGAUGAAAGAGUGCGUCGCCAAGAAUUUUGCGCAGUGCGAUGUCGUCUUCAGCGGGCUUGACUCGGGUCCCGCAUCGACUGUCGAGCCCGAAUUCAGGAGCGCAAACCUGCGGGUGUUUUCGAAUGCAAGAAAUUACCGAAUGGACCCACUAUGCCCGCUCGUGGUUCCCCUCGUCAACACCUCCCACCUCGACCUGAUUCCUCACCAGCGCGCCUCGCUCUCUCCCCAGCUCAACCAGGGAUUCAUCGUAUGCAAUGCCAACUGCAGCACAACGGGCAUCAUGCCGCCACUCAAGGCGCUCAUGGACGCCUUCGGACCAUUGGACAAGGUACUCGUCAGCACGUUACAGGCCAUCAGUGGGGCAGGUUACCCGGGACUCUCGGCUUUCGACGUGCACGACAACGUCGUUCCAUACAUCGGCUCGGAGGAGGAGAAGAUUGAGAGCGAGAGCAAGAAGAUCCUCGGAUCCAUCAAUGGGCCAAAGACGGCCUUUGAUGAGGCUCAGUGCACCAUUUCUGCUGCGUGUAACCGCGUCCCGGUGCUCGAUGGGCACAUGGAGUGCGUCAGUCUGAGCUUUCAGCGUCGCCCUCCGCCCUCGGUCGAAGAUGUCAAGCGGGCCCUGCACGACUUUAGGUGCGAGGCCCAGGAGCUAGGCUGCCACUCGGCUCCUGCACAGGCCAUCACUGUGCACGAAGAGGUGGACCGACCACAGCCCCGGUUGGACCGGGACCACCAAAAUGGGAGUGGCGUCAACGUGGGCCGUGUCCGCCCGUGUCCUGUUCUUGACAUCAAGUUUGUGGUGCUGUCGAACAACGUCAUGAUCGGCGCUGCCACGUCGUCGGUCAUGAAUGCAGAGGUGGCUCUGGCCAAGGGUUACCUUUCUUAACAUCUUUAUAAUCUCGCUUUUAAAGAAAUAGCAUAGAGGCAGCACGCAACCUCGACUAAAGAGUGAUUGUUUGCGCUAGAUUAAUGGAACGAGAAAGCAGGGGAGAGAUUGACGACGUUUGAGAUAC